GGGGAACUGAAUUUCUUGUUGUUCUGAUGAGAUUGAUUUUUUCUUUCUUUCUAUUUUGCUUCCAAAGAAUGGCUAGUUCUAACGGAUUUGGAUACAUGGCCGUCGUUGCAGUCUCUGGCAGCGUCGCAUUCGUCGCUAUACAAGCACAUAAGCGACUUGUGACAGAGUUCAUGAAGAAGGUCGAAUUCGAAUUCGGAAUGGAAAGAGAUGUGCCUAAAAAGAAGGUGAGAUUCGCAGACGAUGUAAUCGAGCCAUCAUCAAAUAACAAGGAAUACAGGAUGAGGCAUUCAAAAAAUUUGGUAAACAUGAAUAAGGUUUCUAUGGCUGAGAUCGGCAGUUCGAAUGGAGGUUCCUUCCGAGAAAGGGUAGGCAAUAUGCCAUUAAAUAGGCUUGCUUUGUAUAAAGGGAUGGUAGAGAACCGCGUUAUGAAUGGGCGGAUUGUAUCAUAUUCUCGAUAAUAGGAAUGGAUUAGGAUCAGUUCAAAUGUUCA